UCCUGAAUGCUGGAGCGAUCCCGAGUUGUUCAUGCGAACCAGAACGUGCGCUAUGCGUGCACGGAUACGUGAAAGUCUUAAACUCGCAUCGAUUGUUAAAUAUAUAUAGAUAGACUUUCAGCAUGGCUGUGGCUGAGGCACUGAUGCCCGCCUUGACGUCGUUUCCAAAUUUCAAAGCGAUGGAUAACCUUUGCAGCGUGGAUGAGUGGGUGAGGAGCGGCGCAACAGGUGGCACGGGCAGCGCGCGCAUCGAGGUCGACUUGAGCAUCGUUCACUCUCCGUCUGCAGCCCACAAGGACGACGACGAGCUCGGGAAGUUUCUGGACCUCGAGUUCAUCCUGUCGAACACCAUCUGCACCGACUCUACUGCCGGGAGCAGCGACAGAGGGAGCGCGUCUCCCACACGGCAGCAGCAGCAGCAGCAGUGCGGGUACUCUUUGCCGGAAUCGCCGGAAAGCUGCGGUGGCGGUUCUCUGCCAGACUCGACCGACCACCCGCCUUCUCACCUGGCUCAGGGCUACCCGGGCGUCGUCGGCGGCUUCGCGGAGUCGAGCCCUGUCCGCAGCCUGAUGGCGGAACUUCUUACGCCCGACAUGAGUUAUCCAGAGGAAGACGCUCCGGAGAGAACGAGGAAGGCGAGGGACAGCUGCGAGUACACCGAGCUGCGGGCUUUAAACGGCCCUCCGCUCCCCCACGCGGCGUCACCUCCGUCCCCGCUUGGAUACAAAAUAAAAACCGAGCCCGGGGUGCAGUCGUGCAUGAUAGCUGCUGCCGGAGCCUUUGCGGAAGGAGCAUAUGAAAAACACCAGAUGCGCUCGGCCGCAGCUUUUACGCACCACCAGCCUCCCGUUGCGGCGCAGGGCUUCGGCGCGCACCAGAUCCAACUUCAGGGACGCACAGACUGCACGCUGCAGCAGCACAUGAGGCCCCACCACCAUCAUCACGAUCACGAUCAGAACCAGCUGUCAAGCCAGUACAUGAACGCGCCGUACCACCCGCAUUACGCACACCGAGGUGCGCCACAGUUCCAGGGACAGUACAGCAUGCAGCACCAUCCCGCCGCCUCGCUGCCGGGGAUGAUGCUCACUCCGCCCUCGUCGCCUCUGCUGGACUUUUACGCGCACGACGAGGCCGGCUGCGUGAAGCAGAAGCGAGGCCGCAAGUCUUGGACCAGGAAACGCGCCGCCACGCACAACUGCGAGUUCCCCGGCUGCGGGAAGACGUACACCAAGAGCUCCCACCUCAAGGCGCACAUGAGGACGCACACAGGUGAGAAGCCUUACCACUGCAACUGGGAAGGCUGCGGCUGGAAGUUCGCCCGAUCCGACGAGCUGACUCGGCACUUCCGGAAGCACACCGGGCACAGGCCGUUUCAGUGUCACCUGUGCGAGCGCGCGUUCUCUCGCUCGGACCACCUGGCUCUCCACAUGAAAAGGCACAUGUAGGUCAUUCUCAGCUUAGAGUCUCUCUUUAUGGGCCCCUCUGCCCCCCACUCAUCCUCUCUCUCCCCUCUGGGGUAUCGCUGUCAGCAUCUCCAGAGAAGCAGCACAGCAAGUGGACAACUUCUAACUGAACUGCUGUGUAUGAACGAAAUGAAGCAUUCACAUAUAGGAGCGUGCCGACCUGCGGUCAUUAUGUACUUUAUGAGAAGAUGCAAAGUGGGAAAUGGUGGAGAUUUUAUAUUUCUUAUGAUUUUUUGUUGUUGUUGUUUGUUGUUUUUUUUUUUAAACUUUCUACAAGUGCCUCAUUUCUACCAAAUCAAGUGCCUCUGGUGGUUUCUGUAUAUUUUUGUAAAAAAAAAA